AUGGCGGUGAAAGAUGAUUAUCAAGAUUUUAAAAAUGCUUUAAAUGAUUUAAAAAUAAAUAGUAAACCAUUAAUUAAUUUUUUAACAAUACUUGCUGAAGAAAAAAUUCAUAAUGCACCACAAAUUGUACGUGCCAUUGAAGAACGUAUACUUGAAACUAAAGGUGAUUAUGUUUUACCUGUACUAUAUGUACUUGAUUCCAUAAUAAAAAAUUUACGUUCAUCAACUUAUAUUCAAUUAUUUGAAAAUAAAUUACCUGUUAUUUUUGCUAGUGCCUUCAAUAAGGUCGAUGAACGUACACGUUUAGCGAUGUUUAAACUUCGUCAAACAUGGCCACCAUAUUUUACUAGUACAGCAUUAUAUAAUCUCGAUACAAGAACACACUAUAUCGAUCCAGCAUGGCCAAUAACAGCUCGAGCACCUGAUUCAUCCUCAUCUGCACCAAAUAUUCAUAUUAAUCCAGAUUUUAUUCAACGAAAUAAAACAGUUUCGACACAACCUGUCAAUCAACAAAAAUUACCUUUAAAACAGGAAGAUAAUGAUCGAAUUAUAAAUCAAACAACUACAAAAAAUUCUGAUAUACCAUUAAGAGAUGAUACAUAUCAUAUGAUACCAAUUGAUCGAAAAGAACAAAAUCGACAAGAAAUAGAACAAAUAACAAAUAAAGACAAUGAUGAUGAACAACAAUCAAAAAUAAAAAUUCUUAAUGUAAAAAAAGAAAAUGAAGGAAAAAUUUCUACAAAUAAUAAUCAAGAAAUUUCAUCUGAAGAAAUAUCUAAUAAUAAAUUAUCUGAUGAUAAAAAUAUUUAUGCUACAAAUAAUACUACUGAAAAUGAUGAAGAAGUAUUAUUUGGUGGUAGUGAUAUAGAUUAUCGAGAUACAGAUGUAACUAUACAACAAAAACCUACAACAACAAAUCUUGAUACGGAUCGUUUAUUUGAAUUAAAUUCAAAAUGUUUGUCACUUGCUGAACAAAAAUUUAAAUCAAAAGAACUUUCUUCAGAAGAAUAUCAAGCAACACUUAAAUUACUUCAAAAUAUACUUCAAAAUGAAGUUCAAAGACUUACUGUACCAUCAACUACAACUUCAUCAUUAAUCAAUAGUAGUAAUCAUUCAGUUACAACUACUCUAGCAAAUACAAUUCCAUCUAUUACUACUACAACAUCAAGUAAUCCAUUUCAACAAGCAACACUUCCGUUUCAACAACAACAACAACAACAACAACCUUCUCUUCAAUUUCCAACAACAACAUCAACAUUUCCAUUUGCAGGUUUUGGUAAUGAUACUCAACGUCAUGCAAUGCAAAUUUUAGCUGCUGUUGGCGCUUUAUCAUCUUAUGCAUCACAAAAUAAUAUGUUAUCUUAUAUUCCACCAUUACCACCAGCUCCACCACCAUUUACACUUGUUCCAAAUACAUUUCCAUCACAAGUCUCAUCGUCAACAACUGGUCGUCUUAGUCCAUCAAUAAAACGUCCACAUGAUGAAAAUAGUAAUAAUAAUAAUAAUAAUAAUAAUACUAAUAAUAUUCAUUCUGAUGAUAAUAAUAAACGAAAAUGUUACGCUUCAACAACGGCUCAUACAAUACGUUCACAUAAUUUUGAUGAUGAAAAUAUUGCACUUGUACCAUCACUUAUUGAUGCUAAUAUUAAUACAUUAAAAAAAAGAUAUAGUGGUGUUAUUCAACAAUUAUAUUUUGGUAAAUAUCAAUGUCGUUUAUGUGGACUUCGUUUUACAGCUAAACAAAAACAUUUAUAUACUCAUCAUCUUGAUUGGCAUUAUUGGGAAAAUCGACAAGCAACAACACCAACUGCAUUAUUAGAACGUUGUAGAGAGUGGUAUCCAUCUUUACAAGAAUGGACAAUUCAUGAAGAAAAUCUUGAUGAACGAAUACGAAAGAGUCAAAUGAUGUUAACACAAAAUCGUCAAACUAAAGAAAUAGACACAAAAUCAUCAUUAUCAUCAUCAGAUGCUACUUCUUGUUCAGCAAAAGGCAAUGGUGAUAUCGAUGAUGAUCGUUGUUAUGUAUGUCAUGAUCCAUUUGAAAAUUUUUUUGAUGAUAAUCGUGAAGAAUGGCGUUUAAAAGAUGCUAUGCGAGCCGAUGGAAAAACUUAUCAUCCAAUCUGUUAUCAAGAUGCUCAAAAUCAGGAAACACAUGAAAAACUAUCAAUAUCAUCUAAUAAUGAUCAUACGACAUUACAUGAAACUAUUGCAGAUGAAACAAGUAAUAAUUCAACAGAUUCACAAAUGUUUGAUAAUGCAAUGGCUACUGUUAAUAUUAAAUCAGAAAAUGAAGAUCGAGCUGAUAAAGAUUUAUUAUCAUCAUCAUUAUCAUCUGACGACGAAGAUUCAACGAAACCAAAUUAUCUUUCAUCAAUGUCAUUUGUUAAUCUUGUCGAAACAAUAUUCGUUAGAAAAGAAGAUCUUAAACCAAUAGAAAAUAUUGAACCUGUUACAAUAGAUGUUAAAGAAGAAUCAUUAGAUACAACAACAAUAUCUGAAGAAAUUCCAUUUCUAUCAAUAAAACCUGAAAAUGAAUGUGAAUUUUUAAUUAAUAAAAAUUCCGAUGGAAUUGGAACGAUUUCAGAUUAA